CGCGGUGUCAAGAACAACUCUCGCGAUAGUUCCAGCAGCUGAGAUCCUAGGAGCAGAGCAGGGGAUUUGAUAUGUCAACAAAACAGAUAAAUUAUCACCACACAGGCAUGUAAGGGUGUUCUGGUGUGGAAUAGCCUGACAGGUAACUUCACCUGGACCUAGACCUUCUCCUCCAUCAUCUUCACCUACUGACUCCAUGACAACCCCUCCGCUAUUGUCGUCUUUUGGCGGACAGCCACCGUCGCAGCAGCAGCAGCAGCAGCAACAGCAGCAGUCCCAGGCAGCGCGUGAUGUCAACACAGCCUCGCUGUGUCGCAUCGGCCAGGAGACGGUCCAAGACAUUGUCCUCAGGACCAUGGAGAUCUUCCAGCUCCUCAGGAACAUGCAGCUGCCUAAUGGAGUCACUUACCACCCCAACACCCACCAGGACAGGCUGGGAAAACUCCAGGAGCACCUACUCAUGCUCUCUGUGCUUUUCCGCAAGCUGCGCCUCGUCUACGACAAAUGCAAUGAAAACUGCGCCGGACUGGACCCCAUACCCCCAGAGCAACUGAUACCCUUUGUGGAAGAUGACAGCUCCAAACACGAGGACCGCUCAGCUGGCCAGAGCCGCCCUGCCACCGAGGAGAGGAGAGAAAUCCUGGAGGUCAACAAGAAGCUGAAGCAGAAGAACCAGCAGCUGAAGCAGAUCAUGGACCAACUCCGCAACCUCAUCUGGGAGAUCAACUCCAUGCUGGCUGUCAGGAGCUGAGCAGCACAUACAAACACACCGACACACUCAAUCAUAUAAGAUACACACACAUUCACGACAAAUAACGGACAAAUACGGUCAUUAACUGGACGUGUGACAGGGUAGCACAGUUUGGCUGAGGCUGCACUUUACAGAAGACAUGAGGACUUUGGCAAUAUCAGCCCGUUCGCUGAAGAAAAAGGCAUGAAACAACAGAAGGAAAACAAGAGGAGACAAAUGAAGGCAAAUUGACUUGACACCACAGUGAGGUGAGACGACAGCACACAAUAAACAGGGAGGGAGGAGGGGGCUAGUGACAUCAGUGUGGGCGAUGAAAGAAAAUCUUCUGUCUACCUCGAUAUUCUACAAUUCAGUCAGCCUUAUGACUGACUUAAUCUGAAGAGUUGAUAUAUUAUGUUUUAUCUAUUUGUAGGUACUAGCUCAGUAGAGACACAUUGAUAUAUUAUAUUUAAUCCUCAUAUUCUGUACAUCUGUUACAUUUCCUAGUAUUAGGAAUGUCUGAAGUCCGAAAUUUAACAAGUUUUUAUAUGGCCUCUGAGAACUUUAAUAAAAAGACAUACACUGUGGCAAAAUCAUCUUACACUUAAUAUAAACAUCAGAUUAUUUUUGUUUGAUGUAAACUUAUUAAUUUUUUGCUCUGAUUGGAUUUGACAUGUCAUAACGCUUCGUUAAAGACUCUGCUGAACUAUAAAUUUUGCUGUGUUUUUUUUUUUUAAAAACGUCAACGCU